AGUUCUUGACUGACGUGACGUAUUGUUGUGUUGUGAAAAAUAAUGUUGUUGUGAUUAUGGUGAUCAUUUAUUUCACAAUCAAGUGUUAUUGCUAAAAGGGAAAACUUAUAACGUAUUAAGACCCGGGAAAUUCGGCAAAAUGAAUUUAAUAGAACUACCUGAAGAUGUUCUAAUAAUAAUUCUGAAAGAACUUGAUUACCGUUCACAGUACAAUUUAAGUGAAACAUGUUCAUAUUUCCAGCGAAUUAUGUGCUAUAGAGGAAUUGUGACAAAAUGCGACAUAUCUCGCAGUACUUUGGCUACCAUACACUCCUUUAAACUUGACUUGUUCCAUCAAGUCGCGGAAAACUUGCAGGAACUAAUAUUAUGUGCUGUCCCGGAUUUGACAAAAACAGCUCUUCAACCAGUUAUAAAAAAACUGAAAUGCUUGAAGUCUUUGGAUGUAACUUACACUAACAUCUCCAUACUCGAUAUGGUGGAUAUCCACAAGUUGUGUUCAACAAUAAAGAAUCUAAGCAUUAACUUCACAUUUGGAAAGUCUGCAGUUAUCGCUGAACAAACCCUUCUUAAAUGCACUAAGAUGUUAUCUAAGCUGGAAAACCUGAGUUUUGUUGGAUCAUCCCAGAAUUUGAUGUUUUCACUUUUACCUCUGUACCUGUUGUCGGAAGCGCAAUCUCUCCAUGACGUGAAGUUCACGGCCAUAGACUGCGACCACACUAGCUACACCCUGCCAGAGUUCAGGGAGAUAUUUAUGUGCUGUAAUCUCUCCAUAUAUUUAUUUGACUGGCUUGAAAAAAAGACAAACCGUACAUAUAACUAUUAUGUAUACAAUUUUUUGUAUUUAUUCAAAGACCUUGAAGACUUUGAAUUUAUUAUGAUAAAGAGAGAUGAAAAUUCUAAGACUUGCCAGUUCUAUGCUUCAAAUGUUUUCAAACCAUUUGUGAAAGAACAUUUCCCAGAAGAGGACCCAAAAACACCCAUCCUACAGGAAAAGAUGGAAGACUUUACCCAAAAAAGAUUGCUAGGGAAUGUUAUCAUGAUGUUCUUUGAUAAAUCACAAACCACCUUUGAUGCAGAUUUCUUUGCACAUCUCCUCAAACAAAUCAAAGAGUAUUUUCCUGACCAUUACAACUGUCCUGUAAAUAAAUUGAAGGAUAUAACUGAUGGAAAUGAAUGGAGUUACAUAAAUGUGACAUCAGCAGCAGAUUUGCAUCAAAAGACAUUGGGUUGUCGCAACUUUAAUGAACCAGAGCCACUACUGAAGAAAACAAGGACAGCUGCAUCCUCAUAUGAGCUUCAAUUUGAUAGCAUGAUAAAGGACAAACACACCAUCAAGCUCAGCAUUAAUUUUGAAUUCAUUGUGAACCCUAUAUCAUUGAGCCCUGCAAGUGACUUUUUGAGUAAAGUUACUUUCCUCAGUUUAACUGGUCAAGCUAUAUACGCCAGUGACUUCUUUAAAGUGCUGUUUCAGGGUGCCCACCGGCUGGAAACACUGAAUGUGGAGCCGGCCUCACUGAACCAAUGUCUGUGCUCCUCUCUGAUAGCCAGAUCACUGAAAUUCUGCUCCUCAUUACGAAACUUCAAACUGGUUGAGAAAUGUAUUCAGUACAAAACUAUGAUGGAAGGAUUAAGUGAAUGUCCAUGGCUGGAGAAUAUUCACCUCUCAGACCACGCCGGGCGGCCGACCGACCUCGGGGAUGUCUCCCUGUUGAUAGAGAAAUGCAGUAAUAUGUACAGCCUUUACUUACAAGCCCCAAUUACAGACAGUACAAGGAAAAAGUUGUUAAAAACAAUGAAUCAAGCUAAAGUGAAAUACAACAGGCCAUAUCUUAGCAUUGAAGUAGAUGACACUGGGAGUGGUUGCAGGCGUUAUGGGCCAUUUAUUGAUGUUUUUAAUCUAAAUGUUUUUGGUACAUCAGUGUUUAGAAAUUCAGUUGAUUAAUAAGGUAGAGUACCUAAUGUUAAGUUUCAGAUAUUUAUAUGUACACUGUACCAAAGAAUUUAUAUGAAUUAAUAUAUUUCUUCAAAUAUGUAGUUACCUAAUGCAUAUACAUGUACCUUAACAUAUCUUCAUCUAAAACACAUCAAUAAAUUUUAUAUUCUAUAUCUAAUUAAAACAAAAGUUAGUAAAUAAUGAAUGUAUAAUGCCUACAAUAUCUUACAUCGAUGUCUUAUACUCAUAAUAAUUAAUAUCUCAAGAAUGUACAAAUUAUAUCCCAAUGUACGUAGGUAGUCGUAGUCAAUGUGAUAGGUUCAUGUUUGUAGUUUCUGUCUGGUCAGCCUGGCGCACCCCAGAGACAGGAUGCCGAAGAAGGCGCUCCCCCCGCACGCAUAUGUCAGCACCCCGCGGUAGUACUGCGGGCAGUCCGCCGCGUCGAUACAUUUACUGAAACAUGGACAUUGAUACAUC